GAUGAAACCCGCCGGAUCCGAAACUUCGUGCGCAAAAAUUAAAACCCUCGUCGCUUCCCCUCGAGCUAGGUCGAAUCAGGUCUCCGCCGAGCGCCGCCGCGCGACGCCAUUAACGCCGCCUCUGCCCCACCGGAGCUCCAACGCAGUAGCUCCUCCUCAUUCCUUCUCUGGAAGACUGGAAAUCUUUUAGCAUUAGAGAGGAUGGUGAAAUCUAAUGCUGCAGCUGAAGUAGUCUAUGAUCCUUCAGCUUCGUAUGCUUCCAAAUCUCGCCCCAGAGCGUCCAGUGAAUGGCGCCAGUUCAUGUCAGGAAACCUUUCAGAUAUGUAUCGCCAGCCGACCUCUGGAAAUUCUACAAGGGCGGAUAGCGAUAAUGAGGACAUGGACAUAAGAAAACUUUUGAAAGAUAUAGAAUACUUGGGUGCCUCUAACAUGACCUGGAAAGAGAGGAAGCAGUUGGAGAACCGAAAUGUGGUUGCCUUGGGUGGAAAGCCGCCUAAGAAGCACCGCACUCCCUUAAGUGUGGCAAAACCGGCAAUGAAGAACCAGAAGAAAAGAGAACAAAAGAAAAUCGAAGAGGAUAAGUUACUUGGGCGAUUCAGUAAGCGUGCUGCUGCUGCAAGCAGCAAACAACAAAAGAUUAGGACAGAGAACAAAGUGCUUAGGGCGACUGAAGGGCAUUUCAGGAAAGGCAUCCUUGACGUGAAGCAUCUUUUGGCACCCAAACCACCCAAAAGCAGCGAGGGACCACCGAAGAAGAUGAGAAAGGGGAAUAAGCAGAAGAAAGGGAAAGGCAAGAAGAAGGGUCGGAGAAAGGGACGGUGAUUCGUCCCCAUACCUUUGUUCUGUAUUGUGACCAAUUUAUCAGAUUUCACUUCUUUUUUCUUUUUUUUUUACUCUAAUCUUUGCUGCUGCUUCCCAUUGAGGAAAUUUUCUCGGAUCCGAUAAUUUGUUUAGUUUACGCUGACCUUACACAUUUGAGAGGCUUUUGGUUGUUGCCAAGUUGACGGUUGAAGUAUUGUGACUUAAAUUAGUCCUUAGUUACUGAGUACGCUCUGUCGAUAUCUCUUUGUUUGUUUA